GAAGACAGAACUAGCUCAGGGUCCUGGGGGAAUGGAGGACAUCCUAGCCCAUCCAGGAACUAUGGAGAUGGACCUUCUUAUGAACAUAUGACAAACAGGGACCUUGGAUCACAUGACAAUCUAUCUCCUCCUUUUGUGAAUUCCAGAAUACAAAGUAAAACAGAAAGAAGCUCUUAUUCAUCAUAUGGACGAGACUCAAAUCUUCAAGGUUGCCAUCAGCAAAGUCUCCUUGGAGGUGACAUGGAAAUGGGCAACCCAGGAACUCUUUCUCCUACCAAACCUGGUUCUCAGUACUAUCAGUAUUCUAGCAAUAAUCCACGAAGGAGGCCUCUGCACAGCACUUCUGUUGAAGUACAAACAAAGAAAGUUCGAAAAGUUCCUCCAGGUUUACCAUCGUCAGUUUAUGCCCCUUCUGCAAGCACUGCCGAUUACAAUCGGGAUUCGCCCGGCUAUCCAUCCUCAAAACCAGCAGCCAGCACUUUUCCUAGUUCUUUCUUCAUGCAAGACGGCCACCACAGCAGUGAUCCGUGGAACUCAUCCAGUGGAAUGAAUCCUCCUGGAUAUGGAGGAAUGUUGGGCAAUUCAUCUCAUAUUCCACAGUCCAGUAGCUAUUGCAGUCUUCAUCCUCAUGACCGCUUGAGCUACCCAUCACACUCCUCAGCAGACAUCAAUUCCAGUCUUCCUCCAAUGUCCACUUUCCAUCGCAGUGCCACAACCCAUUACAGUGCUUCUUCCUGUACACCUCCGGCAAACGGAACAGAAAGUAUAAUGGCAAACAGAGGAAGCGGAGCUGCAGGAAGUUCACAGACAGGCGAUGCGCUGGGAAAAGCACUUGCAUCUAUUUACUCUCCAGAUCAUACCAACAACAGCUUUUCAUCAAAUCCUUCAACUCCUGUUGGUUCACCCCCUUCUCUCUCAGCAGGAACAGCUGUUUGGUCUAGAAAUGGAGGGCAAGCAUCAUCAUCUCCUAAUUAUGAAGGUCCCUUACAUUCUUUGCAAAGCCGAAUCGAAGACCGCUUGGAAAGACUGGACGAUGCUAUUCAUGUUCUCCGGAACCAUGCAGUGGGACCUUCAACUGCCAUGCCUGGUAGUCAUAGCGACCUCCAUAGCUUAAUAGGCCCUUCUCAUAAUGGAGCUAUGGGAGGCCUCGGAUCAGGAUAUGGGACAGGCCUUCUUUCAGCCAAUAGACAUUCACUAAUGGUUGGGGCUCAUCGUGAAGAUGCCGUUGGCCUCCGUGGCAGCCAUUCGCUUGUGCCAAACCAAGUUCCUGUUCCACAGCUGCCAGUGCAGUCUGCAACAUCUCCUGACUUAAAUCAGCCUCCGGAUCCUUACCGAGGCAUGCCAACUGGACUUCAAGGGCAAAGCAUAUCUUCAGGGAGUUCUGAAAUCAAAUCAGAUGACGAAGGAGAUGAGAACCUCCAGGACACGAAAGCUUCCGAGGACAAGAAGUUAGAUGAUGACAAGAAGGAUAUCAAAUCAAUUACUAGGUCAAGAUCUAGCAAUAAUGACGAUGAAGAUCUUACUCCGGAACAAAAAGCAGAGCGCGAGAAGGAAAGAAGAAUGGCCAACAACGCCCGUGAGCGCCUGCGUGUCCGUGACAUCAACGAGGCUUUCAAAGAGCUGGGCCGGAUGGUACAGCUCCAUCUAAAAAGCGACAAGCCCCAGACCAAACUUUUAAUCUUACAUCAAGCUGUAGCAGUUAUCCUCAGUUUAGAGCAGCAAGUCAGAGAAAGAAAUCUGAAUCCUAAAGCGGCGUGUUUGAAAAGAAGGGAAGAAGAGAAAGUAUCUUCGGACCCUCCUCCACUUUCUUUGGCGGGACCCCACCCUGGGAUGGGAGACACAUCUAAUCAUAUGGGGCAGAUGUAAAAAAAAGGAAAAAGGUCCAAGUUGCCACAUUUUCUUCACAUAAACCAGAGACCACUUCCUUAAACAGCUGUAUUAUCUUAAAAAAAAACAUAUAAACACUUAACCCUUCCCCCUCCCUUUUUUUGUAAUAUAAUAAGACAAGUCUGAGUAGUUACGAAUCACAGACGCAAGAGAUUUCAGCAUUCCUGAUUUUGAAAUAAAGAAAACAAAAGUGCAACUUGAGGGACAACCUCUUUUCAACAUAUCAAUUGGAAUGUUUCAAGGAGUAUGUUGACAGCUGUCAAUGCACAGCCAGGAGACUGAACGGCAAUCUUCUCCACACUGUGGGACAAUGCAUUUGUGCCUAAACUUCUUUUGGAAAAAAAAAUAUAAUUAAUUUGUAAGUCUGAAAAAAAAAAAUAUUUAAUUUAAAAAUUGUAAACUUGCAAUAAUGAAAAGUGUACUUCUGAAGAAAAAAAAUGAACGUUUUCAUUGGUGUACUAGUCAACUAGUGUUUAUACUUACUGGAUAUUAAAAAGGGAUGCUUCGCUACCCUAAUAUUUACAAAACCAGCAAACGUCCUAAUGAAAACUGAAGUAAUGACAUUAGCCAUUCCUUAGGGUAGGAGGAACAGAUGGAUCUUAUAGACCUAUGUCAAAAUACAAAACACAUGGACACAAACACACAUAUAUAAAUAUUAUAUAAAUAUAUAUAUAAAUAUAUAUAUAUAUAUAUAUUAAAAUUAGUGACUAUGGUAAGCUUUGUUCAUUUGUUUCCGACUUUUUUGCUCCUGUAAAAAAAAAAGAAAGAAAAAACAAAGUACUGAUUAACUUUUUUUAAGAAAAAAAGAUUUUACUGUAAAUAAGUUUUUGUUGACGUCUUCUUUCUCUUCCCCCAUUGGCCCCUUCGGUUCCUUAUUGUAACCUGUAGUGCCAACUCUGUUGCUGGAGGGGCCGUUCCAGGAUGAAUUCUCACCCUGAGGUUGCUUGUCAUGCCUACAGAAAAGUAGCAAGCAAUCUCUUGAAUCCUUUGGGGAGAAUACAGGAUUAGAUCAGGUAUGUCUCAUGUCGAUAAGCGUAAGCCACAUUGCUGAGACCUCCAAGCCCCAAGGAAGUUCGGUACUAUGGUUUCCCAGACUGCUGCUGGGAUGUCGGUUAGGAAUUCUGAGGGGCUCUAGUCCCUCCCCUACAGUCAACACAAGUUUGGGGGGAAAAUGGCCCAGGCAAUUGAAUUUUGGGGUGGAGUGGUGGAGAAUUCUAAACCACAACUGUUGCUCUCAUUAGACCCUAUUUCUAAGAUUUUCAGAGGUACAAGGUUAGAAUGCUACAAUGUUACCACUGUGCCUUCCAAUGUUUAUAUCAUCAAAAAAAUGUAACAUAAAUCAAAGGUGGCUGUGAUUUAACAAACCAGUAGAAAUGUUAAAUUAAUGUGUGUAGCUUAAAUACAAUAUGCAUCGAGGUGUUUCAGAAUACAUGGUCGAAGGCCGGGUGAGGGGGGGGACAGUUGCUAGUCGUAUGAGAGUUUGAUUUGAAAAAAAAAAAAAAAACAUUUUAAAGGGUAUUCCUGAAAGACAGACCAUAUACUGCCUCCUCCGUUCAUUUUUUU